UUAAAUGUCGGUGGGUUUGUUUUUGUGCUAAAUAUUAUGAUAAAUAGCCGAAAAUGCCGGCUAAUACCGUAAAAAUUGAUAAGAAAAAGUCCCUAUUAGCUCAUAAAGAGAAGCUUUUGGAGGAGCUUAAGUAUUACGAGGCAAGAAUUACUGAGGAAAAGAAUAAUGUGAACAAAAAUUCGUUUGAGGUCGAUGCGAGCUCAGACUCUGACACAGAGUUUGCAGCGAUGCCAGACAGCAUCCCACCGAUGGGUCAGCUUAAGCGCCAGGAGAUCACGCUGCAGACGUGUCUGCAGGCUACACAGGAGCUCGCCGGCAUCGACGUACUACAGGCAGAGGUUAAUGUUGUAGUGAACGAGCCAGAUUUACAAGGGGAAUCUCCAAUAAGCGAGGCGGGCGUGUGGCGCGAGGUCACGGCGGAGUGCUGCGUGGACUUAGUGCCGUUCUCCAUCACUUUCUACGCUCACCGUGCUGAUCGGAAGUUCGCGCCGAUCCGGUACCGCUGCCUCCGCGUGUCUCCGCUGAAGACAGCUCACGAGGCAGAGCUGGCCAACUCGGUGCUGCCCGGCCUGAGGAAGCCCAGCGACGCCGUUGAGGUGUUAAGAAGCUAUGCGGUGGCGUAUCGCUCGCGACGGUCCACACUCGCGCGACUCGCUGACAAAUUUGGAACCUCUUUGUUUAUGGAGCCUCUGGCUGAAGGCGGUUACCUGUUGAAAUGCGCGAACCUUCUAGAAGUUUCCUGGACCCUCCAGAACAAAUGGUCGCCCAUAGCGCCCUUCCACCAUCGCAUGAAGUUCGACCUCGAGUAUAUGAAUGAAAGCUACAUUAAGGAGCUGACCAGCCUUCAUCGUCAGCUGUCGGAGCCAUCAAUAGAUACUAGUGAAAGAACCCAGCUCCUCAGCAGGAUGCUCGCAGCCUGCCUGCGCGCCGCCGACGACACAGAUGACGUCACACCGGGCGUUGACGCCGACGUCACGGACGAUGACGUCAUGGGGGCUGCUAAGGUGGCGGGGCGGAGGACCACCCUCGACAGGGAGCCCGACAUGCCAGAUGUUAGACACAAUAAAGAUAGUCAGGUUAUGGCGCCACCUAAGUCUCUUCCAAAGAAAAGUAGGCCUAAAACCAAGGACGCUACGUCAGACAGUCGCAAAUCAGACCUGAAACCCGCAAAGAGAUCGAUUCAAGAAGAUAGCUCUAAUAGAAAUAUAAAAAAGCCAAAAGUAAUUGAGAAAACUGAAGAUAAUUUGUCCGAUAUGGUUGAAAAGUACGAGAAGAGUAGUAAAAGCUUAAAAAAUAAAGAUGAUAAUGUUGCCAAUACUAAAAAUAAAGACGAUAACAGUGUUGCCAGUGCUAAGAAUGUCGCCAAAACCAAGAACAAGGAGAACAAAAGUGAUGCUAAUAACAAAAAUAAGGAAGGCAAAACGAAAAGCCAAGAUAUCACAGCUAAUGUUGCCAACAGUAAAUCUAAAGAAGUUAAAAGUGAUACUGGUGCGGCAAGUAAUGUUGCUAGCGGAAAAAAUGACGUUAACGUUAACAAAGGAGACAAAAACACUAAUACAAAAAACGAAAAAUCUAAAGUUGCUAAUGCUAAAUCUAAAGAUGGUAAAAAUACUGUCGUGGAUAACGAAAAUGUAGCUAGUGGUAAAGAUAAAGGCGAGAAGAACAAUGCAAAAAAUGAUGGAAACAAUAAAGUUGAUGCCGCUAAGAAAAAGGAUGGAAAAAUUGCAAAAGCAAAAAAUGCAGACGAUAUUGCCGAUGACACCAAUACAGUCGACAAACCAGUUAAAAAUAUCAGUAAAAAUGUUGAAAAACCCGAGAAAAGUAACAAAGAAUCUAAGAAAAGCAACACUGCUAGUAUGAAGAAGAUAGAUUCAGCUGACAGUGUGAAAACUAUUGAAAAAACGAAAAAAACUGAAGGCCAUAAUAAAGAUUCCGCAAAAAACAGUAUCAAAGAUAAAAAACUACCUGCAAAUAGUGUUAGUUUGAAAAGGAAAAGUGUUGCUAAUGUUAAAAAUAAUGCAGCAACUGAUAAUAAUGAUAAAGCGACAGAUAGUGCAGCAAAAAAAGCAAAUACUACGAUUACUGUUAAUAAGGAUAGCAACACUGAAGUAGAUAAACUAUCGUCAACAAAAGUUAUUAAAACAAUAAAAGAAAUAAGAAACGAAAAUGGCGAAGUCAUCAAAAAAGUUGUUAAAAAGCUUGCUAACAAAACUGACGGUUCAAAACUAGUUAUUGCAAAAACCAGUGUUGCCAACGAGAAAAAUAAAGAAAAGACCGACAAAGUUGCCAAUGAGAAAAAUCAAGCAAAUAAAAAACUAGAUAAAUUAAAAAAUCCGUUAACUGAACAUCCAAAGAAUAAAGUAUCUAAAAGCAAUUUGAAUAAAGAAUCAAAAAUAGUGAAGCCUAAAAUAUCUACAGUUUCUACUAUUUCCUCGAAGUCUGGCAAUAUUAACAAGAUACCCAAUAGUAGUAUAGAGAAGGAAAAUGUUAAUAAAAAUACAAAAAUUCCACAAAAGAAAAUGUUUUCUUCACCAAAGGGAGUUAUUAAGAAAGCUCCGAUUCGAGUUAGCCCAAGGAAACCGCUGAUGAAGCCCAAGUCACCGCUGGUUGGUAAAAAAGUGAUCCAGAAGCCUGUAACAGGCAUCCCAAGGUUGGUAGCGAAGCCGAAACCGAAAAUCAACUAAUCUUUUUUUAAUACCAUGAAGUUAUUUUUUAUUAUGUUGAUAUUGUAAUCAUGUAAUUAGUGUUAAGUGUGGAAUUAAAUUAAAAAAUGACAUUUAUUGAAAAG